CUGUGUUUGUAGGUUGCUGUCCAGGAUGGCAGGGAUGAAGGAGCAGCAGAUCACGGAAGAGAAGCCCCUGCUGCUGGAGCAAAAAGGAACGGAUGUAGACAUGCAGGAUAAAGGAGAGGAGGCAUCGGGGGAACUCCCGUGCCCCGAAAGCCCCGCGCCCCCUAAUGAACCCCCUCCCCCCCGUCGCCCCGCUCACCGCUGGCAUGCCUUCGCACGGCACUGGCUUCGCCAGACCCGCCGUCGGACCAGCGGGGUCCUCCCGGAAAACCCUGAGCAGCUGAUGCCACCAGGCGACUGGAAGGAACAUGAUGUUGAGACCCCUUACGGGAUGCUGCACGUGGUGAUCCGAGGGGCCCCCAAAGGAAACAAGCCUGCCAUCCUCACCUACCAUGACGUGGGGCUGAACCACAAGAUGUGCUUCAACCCUUUCUUCAAUAACGAGGACAUGCAGGAAAUCACCAAACACUUUGUGAUUUGUCAUGUCGACGCCCCUGGACAACACGUUGGAGCUUCACAGUUCCCACAAGGGUACCAGUAUCCCACCAUGGAACAGCUGGCCGGCAUGCUGCCCACUGUUGUGCAGCAUUUUGGAUUUAAGAGCAUCGUUGGGAUUGGAGUUGGAGCUGGAGCUUAUAUUCUGGCCAAGUUCGCUCUGAUCAACCCUGACAUGGUGGAGGGUUUGGUUCUGCUCAACAUCGACCCAAACGGGAAAGGAUGGAUUGACUGGGCUGCCUCCAAGAUUUCAGGACUUACCAGCACCAUCCCAGAUACUGUGUUGCCACAUCUUUUCAGCCAGGACGAAAUGGUGAACAACACAGAACUGGUUCAAAGCUACCGACAACAGAUAACCAACUCCAUCAACCACCACAACCUGCAGCUUUUCUGGAACAUGUACAACAGCCGGAGGGACCUGGACAUGAACCGCGGAGGAACAGCGAUCAACGCUAAGACCUUGAAGUGUCCAGUGAUGCUGGUUGUGGGAGAUAAUGCCCCUGCUGAAGAGGGAGUGGUUGAGUGCAACUCCAAGCUGGACCCGACCAACACCACCUUCCUUAAGAUGGCGGACUCUGGUGGACUCCCACAGCUCACACAGCCAGGAAAGCUGACUGAAGCCUUCAAGUAUUUCUUACAGGGAAUGGGCUACAUCGCUAAUGUGAAGGAUCGGAGGUUAAGUGGAGGGCCAGUGCCCUCUGCUAGCAUGACCCGCCUCGCUCGCUCCAGGACGGCCUCCCUGACCAGUGCCGGCUCUGUGGAGGGCUCCCGCUCCCGGGCCUGCACCAACUCCGACAGCGCUGAGGGGGUGGGCGCUGUCUCCCAGACCAUGGAGGUUUCCUGCUGAGGAGCCCCAGAGAAAGGGGAGGAAGAAGGGUAGUAGAGGGGUGGAGAGGGAUGAAAAAGGAUCCAAAAUAAGGCUUGAUGAUGAGCAUUAGCUGACAUCUUUCUCUCUCUCUCUGUCUUUAUCUUUGUCUGCCAUCUCCUUCCCACUGUCACUGUAAAAUACCAUCUGUACUGCUUCAGUCACACCCAACAGACCUUUGAAUAUCCACCCAGACUCCCCCUUGUCCCACACUUAAAGAUUUAAACUGCUGGUUUUGCUCUUGAAGUGUCAUUCUUGUGUUUGCUGAGUGUUCCUCAUUAAAUAUAUGCCCUUACCCCCCCUACGCCUAAAAAAACACACACUUAUACAAACAACACUUUUGUGUAAUUAAAAAGCUUCUGUUAAGAUUUGAUCAAAAGGCAACAAUGAGAAUGAUAGUCUUUGGGGGUGCCACAAAGGUUAAUGAGUGACAACAGAUAAAUGCAUGUGGAUCUUGGAAAAUAGUUGAUGUCAUUUGUGAGAAACUGGGAGCAUCUCUCUCUGCAGUGCUUGGAAGGAUGCUGAUCUCUUGCCACGAGUAGACGGUCGAAAACGAAACGGCGGGUCCAGAGUCAGACAGAUGGCAUCACGUUGUCUUAUUAUAGCCAAGUUCACCUGUAGAUCUUAGACAUGAUGUGUUAGUAUAUAUCAGCGCCCAGUUAGAGUAGAGCAUGCUGAAUUGAAGCUGCACUUAGCCUGAAUUGAUAACAAUAUAAAAUACCAGAAGGUGAUGUCAUCAUCUUAUUCAACCUGCCGCUGAAUAUUUGCUUUUCCCUUAGAAAAUAAAAGCACAGGCAUUUUUUUUUUUCACCUUGGAUCCUGGAAUUGAAGCAGAUGUUUGUAUUUUAGUUUAAAUACUUGCAGUGAGUUAUGGUGGAAGUGUUUGGAAUAAGACAUUUUUAUGCAGGAUGACAAUCUGGAGCUGCGUGGUCUCAUGUGAGGCUAGGAAACGCAGUUUCUGAGAAAUGUGCAUUUUUACCUUACAGGAAGGUAAAAAGACUUUUAGUUUUAGAUGCUUUUAGUUGUAUUUUAUUUAUUUUUUUAGUUGUAUUAGGCUUAUUUUUCUGGGCUUCUUGAGGAAGGUUAAAGCUACACAUUUCUUAGAAAUUAUUUAGCUCAUUUAAGCUGUUUUGAGUAGAACUCUUUAAUUAAAGGAUUUUUUUAUUAUUAUUUCAGUUCAAUGAUGGCCAUACUGUGCCAGAAAAUGUAUAAACAUUUUUAACUUUAUGUUUAUUUUUGUAAUAAAUACCUCAAAAAUGUAUUGCGGUUUGAGAUAGCUCGAGAAUUUAUUGAAGGUUGAAAAUUUAAGUUUCUUAGCUGGUAAACUGUAAAGUUUUUUUUUUAGGGUUUAACUUUGGAUUUUAAAGCUAUUCUCUGUCUAAGAAAAAAUGCACCAAACAAUCAAAAGCAGCUUAGAAUCAGAAGCAGUUUUGCUCGGUGGGCUAAAUGUCUUUAUUUUACAACCCUUUUUAAUAACUGCAUCACAAUUACAAAUUAACAAUUACCUUAUUUCUCAUAAAGGCUCUUUGAUGCACUUUUUCUUUAGCUCAAUGAUAAUCAGAUGAAGCUAGAGGCUUUUUUCAUGCAUAAGCGAAGGCUCAUCUUUUUAUUUUUGCUGUUUGUAGGAUUUAAAACUACUACCUCUAUCAAAAAAUUAGAGUAUAUUUCUUCUCUUCUGUUUAUAACAGUUGUUAUUAUUAGUUAGAAUAAGAAAUAAUAGGCCAGGAAAAGCCUGAUAUGUGUUUCUCUGUGCUAAAAUGACCAAGGCGAAGCUCUUUCUUUAUAGUAACGAGCCAAGCAGGUGAGCAUAACCACUGUUGGUAUUAAAAUAUUCAGCUGUUAAAGCGAAAAUUGCCUCUAAUACAGUGACUGGCUGAGUGCGGCUUUAAGAUGUGCAUACUGUAGGUUAGCUCACGUUAGAGACAAUCUGCCACAUAAACAUUGUGUCAUGGUGUUUACUUACACAUGCUGCAUGCCAAUGUAUUUCUUAGGACAUUCCUGUGUAACUAGUAUGUAAUAAUAGGACUAUUGUCAUUAGGCUAAAUAGAUGGAUGUUUAGAGUCAUAGAUGCAUCGCCCAUCAGUGAAGGUUUAAGGAACCAAGGUACGACUGGGUCGAACCCGGCCAGCACCAAAGAACUUCCCUUACAGCGCUCAGCCCUUUUGCGUGGAUAUACCAAAGCUACACCCUUUAAAGGUACACUCUCCACACACUAGCACACAUUUUCACUCAUUUACUGAAAACAAAGAUGCGUGGGCUGGGUUUUGUGAUGGAACGGCGCCAAAGAUACAACUGAAACACUCAAAAUUCACACAAACGAAGAAGUUCAUCGCUUUAUGGUCAGUGAGUUAUUUGGUAUUUAAUGUCUAGGUAAUCACACUAGUUUAGCGCUUUCUAGUGGACAUAUAAAUAUAAGAGUAGUUUGUGACUAGAGAAGAAACGUGCUGUCAUCUGCUGUAAACUCGGACUCAGUCCAAACAUGGCGCUCCCUGGUUUUUCUAGCUGCUUUGAUGUCCAGUAUUCAUGUGCCGACGCAUCACCUGUUACUGGUUUCAGUUUUUUUUUAGGAAUCUGAAACAAGACAUUUCAUUCCCCUUUAGGAAGGGGCGUAGCUACCAAACACUGAGGUGUGCGUUCCCCUCAGGCGGCCUGCAAGAGGCGGGGCUUUUUUGGCGCCAUUUGGGCUCCAAGCUCGGAAUGUAGGGCAACCCCCAACCACCUUAA